UUAAUGUCUCAUCAGAAUCACGCCGGCAAUCGGACAGGUGGCGGCCCGAUCGGAGCAAGUAAUCGAAUAUUUAAGGCUCCUCACGAGUUCUUUCCGAAUCGACAGCUGGAAGCUUCUAGACGGGCGUUCCUACAGGGGAUUAGUGCUCCUCACAAAUACUUCCCAAAGAAGGUGGAAACAUGCGUGAUUUGCUUAGACGAUAUUCUCGAUAAUCAGAAAGUCGGAGAACUCGUAAACUGCAUACAUCGGUACCAUGCGGAUUGCGUGCAGAAGUGGUUGUGUAUCAAGAACUUUUGUCCACUAUGUAAAACCACCGCAUAUCCUCAUCACGUGCUGUUAAAAGAUUCUUAGGUUUUUUUUUUUUUUUUUUUAAUGUUAUAAUAAUGCAUUUUUAUUGUAAAUUUAAUUAAUUAGGUUACAUUGAUGUUGGAUGAUGAGAUUUAUUUAAUAUAUGAUUCAAGUACUUCUGUUAUAUGUG